UUUGACUAUCAUCGCCAUUCCGAAAACAGCUGUUUAUUAUAAAAUUAAUUUUUACGGGCGUUUGUAAAUAAAUAAAAGCACAUCUGAAUAACUUUGCAUAAACGUAACAUGAAGAUUUUUAAGCAAGGUGCGGAGGGACGACUUUAUCUUGGGGAAUAUAAUGGAGAGUAUUGUUUAGUGAAAGAACGUUUUAUUAAACAAUACAGGCAUCCGGACUUAGAUUCACAAAUCUCGCGGCAACGAAUUAAGGCCGAAACCAAAGCAAUAUCUCGAUGCCUGAAUUCGGGAAUUUUAGUACCUCGUAUAUUACAUACGGAUCUAAAUGGACGUAAAAUAUAUAUGGAAUAUUUUGGGAAAGCUAUUACGGCCAAAGAAUACAUUCAGAGGGCAGUGGCUGAACAUGAAGAUAAGGUUGCAGAAGAGCUCUUAAAGAACAUAGGUGCGAAAAUUGGUACCAUUAUAGGAAAACUACAUGCAAAUAACAUAAUUCAUGGGGAUUUGACCACUUCAAAUAUUCUUAUUAAUCCCAAAGGAAAUAAUUUUGAUUUCAAUGUCUACGAUAUAGUAUUUAUAGAUUUUGGAUUGAGUCAUUACAACCAAGGGGCCGAAGGUAAAGGUGUUGAUUUGUAUGUGCUUGAACGAGCUCUUCUCAGCACGCACAGUGAACAGCCAAAUUUAUUUGAACACAUCUUAGAAGCAUACCGGAAGGAAUGUGGAAAGGAUGAAAGCACUGUAGUGGCAAAAUUUGAAGAAGUUCGAGCGCGCGGUCGGAAACGUACCAUGAUUGGUUGAUAAUAUUUUAUUAACAAAAAAUCGAAGGGUACUUUUUAUUUACAACUCAAACAAUUAGUUACAACUGGAGCUUAGAUUAGCUAUUGUAUACAUAAAUAAAAAUAAUAUAACAAAUGCGUGAUUUACUCUAA